AAGAUCAGGACAUCUUAACCUGAAAACAGUUGCAUAAAUACGAAAAAUGAGAAAUGCCUCCAACUCAAGCGUAACAAUGACUCAAGAGGCGAUACAGAACGAAAAAGGGGUGCUAUAUGGGUUGCUUGUGGUGCUAUGCAGUGGAUUAUGUUUCCAGGUGUUAAAUAAACUAUUGGAUUGUGGAGGAAUACCUAAAAGUGCGGAGGGCCAAAAGUGGAGAUGGAAAAACAUUUUGAUAAGUUUCAUUCAUGCCUGUAUUUCAGGAUCAUGGUCACUUUACAGUUUCUAUGACAACCCCAAAAUGCUUGAAGAUUUAAUGUGGACUCACAACAAUGUUUCGUAUACCCUCAUCUCCAUGACAGUAGGCUACACAAUCUAUGAUUGCAUUGACAUGUUGAUAUAUCAGAGAGGGAGACAAACUUAUGAACUAUUAGUUCACCAUGCAGUGAUAAUCAUAUGCUUUGGAAUUGCGAUCAUGUCAUAUAUUUACGUUGGCUAUGCAUGCCUGGCCCUCAUGGUGGAGCUGAAUAGUGCUUUUUUGCAUCUACGUCAGCUUUUACAAAUACUUGGCUUUAAAAAAGACAAUUCAACAUAUAGACUAAAUAGCCUUGUAAACUUAGGUACCUAUAUUGUAUUUAGAAUAGCCACACUGGCUUGGAUGACGCGAUGGCUCGUCAUCAAUAAAGACUUAAUUCCCUUUGUCGUCUACACUUGUGGGAGCAUAGGACUUGCCGUCAUGACCAUAAUGAAUAUUGUGCUGUUUUAUAGACUGCUCAGGAGUGACUUUUUUGUUAAACAACGACCAAGGAAUAUUAAAGAAUGUGAUCCACUAUUGAAGCAGCAAUAAUAGAUCAAUCAUAUGUGUGCUUUUUAUGUGUGAUGUCACACACGACCAAUCAAGAACAUUGUUGUACAUUGUUGUCAUGGUAACAUGGUCAUUCUGGGGUUACCCCUCUUCUUCAUCAUAGUUAUGUUCAGAGAAAGCAUGUCAAUACUGGGAAUUACACAAAGGGAUGUCCUAUAAUUAUUUACAGUAUUAAGGUUGCAGUUUUAUUCCUUCUUGUUGAACCAACAUUUUAGUGAAACAUGACCAUGAAGCAAAAUUCUCAGGGUGCAGCUUCCAAUGUGACAGUUAUUUUUUGGACACCCCUCGUAUUACAAAAUAAUGGUUAUCCCACCAAAAUAAGUUGGAGUAGGGA